AUGAGCAAUUCUUCAAAUACACUCGAUAAAUAUUUUUUUUCAACUGAGCCUUAUGAACUAAAUGCAAAUAAUAAUCCUAAAUCAUCUAAAAAAAAUGAUAAUAAAACACAUACACGAUCCAAUUGGGAUCCAAGAUGGAUUAAGAAGUAUCCAUGGCUUGAUCGUCAAAUUGAUAACCAAGGCAUGCCAGAAUUAUACUAUAUUUGGUAUACUGAAUACAAUAGGCAUUCUACUAGUAUCUUUGUUGUAGGUACAAAAAAAUUUAAAAAAGAUUAUUUAGAUAAACAUAUUGAAAUUAAAGAAUAUCAAAAAGCUGUUAAGAAAUUUACACAAUGUCAACAAUCUGAUCAGCUAGAUUUAAUGAGUAGUUUUACAGUACAAGCUGGAGUUAAUAAAUUAAAUAUAAUUGCUAAAAUGCGUUGUGUAUAUCUAUAUACAAAAAGGCAUCUUGCAGUUGAAGCAUUUCCAGAUUUAAUAGAACUAACCAAUUUACAAGUUCAAAAUCAAAUCAAAUUAGUAUAUGACAAACCUCCAAUUACCAUUGCAUCUCCUAUCUUUGGUCCUAAGAGAAUUUUUUUAAAUAUUGCAUCUGAACUAUUUUUAAAUAACCAGUUAUCAAAUUAUGCAACAUAUGAUAAUCCAAAAGCAGGAGCUGAGUUUUUACAUGCUAUUGCAGUAGUAAUUGAAGAAGAUAUUUUAGCUGAAAAAAUAUACCAAUACUUAUAUGCUAUUGUUAGCAAACAUAUUGUAGAAAACAUACCAGUACUUCGGUAUUUAGGAUUAAUUGAACUAGAUGAAACAAAUACAGAGGCUAUAGUAAAUAAUUUAAAAAAUUUUUUAAUUGCUAAAAUGCUUGAUACUCAAAAAUUAAUGCAUUUUGGUAGUAACGGAAAUAAAACUGGUGUAGCUACCCAAUUAAAAGAAAUUAAUUCAUUUAUAACAAAUUGUCAUUGUAUAGCACAUAGAUUAAAUUUAGUUGGUAAAGAUUUAGCUGAAGAAGUUUCAUAUUUUAAAGGUUAUGAAUUUACAUUAAAAGAAAUUUAUGCAUACUUUGCAACAUCACAUCAAAAAUGGAAGUAUCUUAAAUUAUUUCAAUCAUUAGAUAAUGAAGAUUCUCAAUUAUCUAUAUUAUGCGUUGUUAGUACUCGAUGGCUAUCACUUUCUAAUGCAGUUUCUAAUUUACAUCAAAUUAUCUUUUCUAUAAAAGAUGCACUUUAUGAUGAAGCUUUAAAUGAUUUCUGUGCAAAAACUAGACAACAAGCAAAAGCUUUAUAUGAUAAUAUUGAUUCAGAAUUUAUAUUAGCAACUAAAUAUCUUGCUGAUCUUCUUUCAAUAAUUAGUAAGCUAACAAAGAUAUUUCAAUCAGAUUAUGUUGCAUUAUCUGAUAUAUAUAUGCAAUUAAAUAUAGCAAUUGAAUCAAUUACAUUAGAAUUUAUUGGAUAUGAAGAUGAUGAUAUUGCACCAACUUGUGGAUACUUUUUACGAGAAUAUAUAUGCGAUACUAUUGAAUAUGAUGAAUUACCUUCAAUAUUUAAAGAAUUCGCAUUAUCAUUUAUUAAAAACCUUCAUCAAAGAUUUCCUAAUAUUGAAAAUGAAAUUCUACUUUUAGGCAAUUUUUAUGGAAAAUUUAAGCAAUAUGAUGAUAUACAUUUUCUAGCAAAAGUAAAUAGAAUCGAACUUCUUAAAGUAUGGCGUGAAACAAAAUUAGUUUUGAAAAAUUAUAAAGAGUUAGGUUUUGUUGAAGGAUGGAGAUGA